AUGGGCCUAUGCCCCAUAUUAUUUAUUCCGUUGCAGAUGAAGUUCCUAGAUUGGUACUUGAAGAUUGCAGUGGGUUCUGCUAUGAUUGGAGCUUCAAUGGAGUUUUUCAUGAUUAAAACUGGUUUCUAUGACAAGGUAACUGUUUUGGAGUCUGAAAAGCGAGCAUGGGAGAAUUCGCCUGAAGCUCUAGCUGUUAGAGAGGCUUUAAAUCCUUGGAGACAUAUUGAUUCCAAAGAAAAUAAAGAUCAUUAACCUGUUGGUAGGCCUUUUGCUUUCUUAGCUGGUGUUUCAAAUGUUAAUUGCCAUGUACCAUGAAAUGUUAUAUUCAAAAAUUAAAUUUUUAAUGAAAGUUGUGAGCUAUUUUGGCAUUUUGAUCA